AUGUGGAACGUUUUCAACUUCAACAAUUUUGACGACAAGCUGAAGAACAGCAAAAAUGAGAAGGAGGUUUAUACGCACGAGGAUUUGAGGUACUACUUCGAAAAGCUGGUGAAGAUUAACCUGAACAACGUCAACAUAAACAACUUCAUCGAGCUGCUGCGGAAAAUCACGCAGAUAACAAUUUGGGGCGACAAAUAUGAUGACCAGAUUUUUCAGUACUUCUGCGAAGACAACAUCUUCAACCACUUCAUACACCUGCUGAGGCAAAACAUAAACAAAAACAUCAGGAUUCAAAUCUACCAGUCCCUCACCCUGCUGAUACAGAACCUGCAAAAGGAUAUUUCUCUCUACUACAUCUUCAGCAACAACAAAAUAAACAACCUGAUUUACACGACGUUCAUUUACCAAGACGAUGAGAUUAUGCCCUACUACAUCUCCAUGAUCAAGUCCAUUUCGUUCUUCCUCAACUACCACACGUCCAAGUUCUUCUUCAACGAGAAGAGUAUGAAGUUCCCCCUGUACACGGAGUCGCUGAGGCUGUACAAGUUCAACGACAUCAUCACGAGGACGUACGUUAAGAAUAUUAUCCUAAACAUUUUGAAGAUCGAAGACGAGGGGAUUGAAAACCUCAUCCUCCUGCGGUCCGCAUUCUUCACCAUCCUGGUGUGCUACCUUCGCAACCACAUCAUAAGGAUGAACAAGAUUUACACAAAAAUAAAGGAGUCCGAAAAAUUAAAAAAAAUGUUUAACACUUGCCUGGACGAAGUGGACGACGUGCUGUACUUCUUCGAGGACAUGCUGAAUUGCGAGAAGAAGAGGAUAAAUGAUAUGCUGAUGGUGAAGUUGCUUCUUUAUUUUUUUUUCCCGCUGAUUGGCUCGUUCCACAGCUCCAUCUACUUCGACUGCGGGAGUGCGUAUGGCGAGGGGGGCAUCUGCGAGGACGACCCGGGCGGGGGAAUGAAAAGCGGAAUGGGGAGCGGAAUGGGAAGCGGCAAAGGGGGGGACAAUCAAAGGGGAGACUACCAAGAGAGGGACUACCCCGGGGGAGACAAGAGGGAGGAGGCGUUCUUCCGCAAGGAAGGCCCAGUGGCCGGCGCGAGCAACCCCGUGAACUACAGCAGCUUCGACUACGUGUACUUCUCCAGCCAGAAGAGCCGCGAGCAGAAGGCUGCUUCAGCAGGGAGGGAGGACACUCCAGGGGAGGUUCCCGCAGAUGGUGAAGCGAAUGGGGAAGUCUCCACAGAUGAGCGUACAAAAGAGGGAGUCGCCCCCCUCGGUGAUCACCACUCCGGGGAAAACAAACCCAGCGAUGUGGAGGAGACGGGGCAGCGGGAAAAACCAAACCAAAGCGACCCCCCCCAGGAGGUGAUAGAAAACAUAAAGUGUAGUAACCGCGUCCCAUUUAUAAAACUAUUUGAUAGCAAUUUGAAAAACGUAAAAAAUUUUGACUUUUGCAAAAGUUUGUCCUCCUCGAAUGCGUCCUCUGUGAACUCGAACGUGAGCAACGUCGAGGUGGAGAGAGCCGCCAGGGGGGAGCAGCCAAACGGGGAGGAGUCGCCACCCCAGGGUGAAACUCAAACACAGGGGGAAGCAACCUCCGACGCGAAGAAACCCCCCAAGAGGGGGGACAACACGUACGAGUUCCUCUACUUCAGGGGAAGGAAAAGCUCCAAUAAGGAAAAGGCGGCAGAGGAUAAGCCCCCCGAGGGGGGGGAGGACGCGAAGGAUGCUAGGGACGCGGACGGCGAGGGGCACGCACAGGGGGAAGUGCAGAAGGAUGGCGAAAAAAGGGACGGCCAGUUCAUCAAAGAAAAUGAGCUGAAAGACAGCUACUUUAGGAAGCGAAAGAAGAAGAAGAUUUUCAUCCAGAUGACCUCGAUGAACGGGGUUCUUCACAAGAAAGGGAGGGGCAAGGCCUCGAGUGGUGGGAGUGGCUACCCCGGCUGCAACGGCGGCUACAAUGGCGGCGGGAGUGGCUGCCUCGGGGGGGAGGACGAGCUGGGCGAGGCGCAGCGGCUGAUGCGGGGCGGCGCCUUCUGGGAGGAAGUCCAGAGGCACAAGCUGACCCACCUGUGCCACGUGCAGAUCCCCACGCUGCAGAAGAAAAUCACCUUCGACGAUAAUGUGAGUAGCGAUUUGUAUAAUUACCUCUUCAAUUUCAACAGCUUCACGAAGAAGGUCCUCCAUCACUAUGAAAACAAAAUGAGUGUAACGAAUGUCUAUUACCACAUCUUCAAACUGGGUCUACUCUUUCACCCCCUAUGUUAUGUCAAUUCGUUUAGGAAUUUUUCUAUUUUAUAUAACUACCUAAUCAACACCACCUUGUCCCUCUUCAUGUUGAUGCGAUCACUCACCAUAUUGAAAAAUGAGAAGCUUAAUCAAAUCGUUUACGCGGUAAUUUUUGGGGAAUACAUCAACGUUCAUUUUUUGCUAAAGAUUUUGACGAAUGAUCUGAAGGAACCCUACUUUUACCAUCAGUUCUUCGAUCCCCAUAAGAAGGUUAACGUGAGUGAGAGUCCCUCGGACGACUUGGAGUUUGAAAAUGUGUAUUGCUCCUCCAUUGAGCAUUUGCUGCCGGAGUACAAUAAGGAGGAGGAGCUGGUUUGCCUGGACUUGGUCAACGGCUACUACCUGGGGGGGGGGGCGGCCCCUCACGAGGGAGCAGCUACUCAAAGGGGAGCGGCUACUCAAAGGGGGGAAGCGCCUUCUCACGAGGUUGACGCGCCUUCCAAGGAGUCCAUCAGCAGCGUUCCCGGCGGACAGGCAGAAGAUUUCCCCGCUUUGGAAAGCCCCCAUCCAGCCGCUCCCACCGCGACUAUGAGGAAGUACGACGAGCUGAGCAACCCCAUUCUGCUGAACUUCCUGCUGCUGACCAACGUGCAGAAGGAGAAGAAUAUAAAAAAAUGCGAAAAGGACAACAUGAAGAACAAAAUUUCUGACGUGUACCUACUGCUGAGCAUCCAGUUCGUUUCAAAUUUUUUGAAAGCGUACGAUGGGAAGUUGAGCGACUUGGCCAUCCCGUUUUUUAAAAUUUCUCAUCACAAUUUUGUGUACGUUUUUUGGAGCAUCAUUAAUGUGCACAUAAAUAAUUUGUACCUCCGGAUCAUAACGCUCAAGCUGUUGAUCAACUUGACGCUGGUGUAUAUCGAGCGGAUAGGGGACGAGCGCGCGUGCGAGGAUUUCGCGGCGCCACUGCUGGGGCUCAUUCGGAAGAUCAAGAAAAAGCUCGCCAACAAAAUCAAGAGCAUCAUUGGGAAAAUGGAGUACAAAGUGUGCCAGAUUUUUUGGGAGGAGAGCAAAAUAUACGAGAAUUGCUUCCAGGAAAGGAUUAACAUUUGCCGCGACUCCGUCCUCAUAAACAUCGUGAAUGACGUGGAUGAGUCCGGCGACAACAACUUCCUGUGCUACCCCGUUUCGCAGAUCGAAAUAUAUCGAAGGAAUGUGCACGCCCUGUUCGUGCUAGACGGAGUGUCUAGCAAGUUGCAGAAGCUUCUUUCCGUCGCGAAGGGCGAACAGGACCACACCAUCCCCUUCGACUUCAACUACAACGACAUGUCGGCCCUCAUCGACAUAAAGAACAAAAACACCAUCAAGUGCUACCUGAAGAAUAGCAACCAAAUUUUCAACUGCUACUACAUCGAGGACGGCACGAACUUCCUGCUGUGCAUCCCCUCGAACAGCCACGUGAACCAGGCACUCAUCAUCUUCUGCUACCCCCUAAUGCUCAUCGACCUGUACAUUGAUAAAAACGACAGCAAGAAGUUAAUCAUCCACAUUUACAGCUACAACAGCGAGGGGGGUAGCGGCGUGGAGGGCAGCGGCGUGGAGUGUAGCGGCGUGGAGCGAAGCCUCGUGGAGAGUACCCCCGGGGAGGAUGCCUCUGGGGCAAACUUUAACAACUCCGAAAAGAUUUUUCACAGCAGCAAUUUAGACAGCAACUACAUGAACACGGUCAGGUGCUACAGCGCCAACAAUGAGGACGGCCUCUUGGAGGAGGCCCCCAAGGUGCACAAGAACGACUACAUCCUCAACAAGUACAGCUCUGCCUAUAAGAAGAAUCGGACCAUAACCAACGUGAAGAAGGAGUGGUGCCACAAGGAGCUGAACUUCAUGAAGAACAUUUUGAAGCUGAACUUCUACGACACCACCAGAUCGCUCAUUGUCUACAAGGAACUCAAAUCUGGGAUACAACACAUAAACGAUAAGUACAAGAAGAAGUUGGAGGAGUACCUCAACACGUUUUAG